AUGACUUGUAUGCGUGUCACAGAUGAACUCGGAGCACUGGACACCAGUAACAUCAUAACCGGAGGCCGCAGGACGCGCGGGAUCCGCGUAGAUUACACCAAGGUCGAGGGAUUCGGCAAGGAUGACGACGAUGACGAAGAGGAGGAAGAGGAGGAACGCCCCAAGAAGAGAUCGAAAACAAAGGCGGUGACCAGGUUGCCUGCCAGCGCCACAUCGAAGCAGAAGAAAUCUGAACCGUCAGCUUCGUCCAAACCCAAGGACAAGCCUGCACCGUCGUCGUCAUCGAAAAAGAAACGAGUUGUCGUGUCCGAUGAAGAGGAGGAAGAAGAGGCAGAGAAGGAAGAGGGUGAAGACAAAGAGGAAGAAGAGCCGGACGAGGGUGGCGACGACGAAGAUGAAGAUGAGUGA